CGUUUAUUGCAAGACUGAUCUAGUGGGGGUUUGUUAUGGAUUACUAUAUAUCGGCAAACAAGAACAUUCCAGUUAGUUAUCACACCCUGUUGUUAUUCUAUUCUUACUGUGUUUCAACACCAUGAGAGCUUUGGUCUGUUUAUGCCUUGUCAUUGGGGCAACCUGGGCGGAAAAAGCAGUUCCGGUUAAAGAAAAGACUGUGGGAAAACGAGGUGUGUUAGGGUUGGGCAUCCACGAUGGACUGGAUGGUGGUUUAGGCUUAAACGGAAUUGGCCUUGGCGAUGUUGGUCUUGGAGGCGUUGGUCUUGGAGGGCCCGUUGCUGUAGCCGCCCCCGCUAUCCAUCUAGGAACUCACACCCAUACUCAUACAACCAUUACUAGGAAUCUGGGAGUUCCAGUCGCGGUGCCCCAUCCCGUACCAGUGGACAGACCAGUCCCUGUGCCAGUGGGAGUCCCUGUAGGAGUUCCAGUGGAUCGUCCUGUACCAGUGCCGGUACCUAGGCCCUAUCCAGUCACUGUGGAGAGAACCGUUGCUGUUCCUGUUGAUCGUCCUGUAGCCGUUCCUGUUCCACAACCUGUCCAUGUGCCUGUUGUCAAACAUGUUGGAGUUCCGGUCCCGCAGCCCUAUGCUGUUCCCGUUGGUGUAGCUAAACCUGUCCUCGUUUCGAAGCAUCUCUGGUGAUUUGGCCCGAUUAUAGAUUAAGUACAAAUGUAAAUUAUGAUUUAUUUUUGUAAAUAAAAUGCGAUUUCUAAUAAAUUUUGGAAAUUUUCUGAAA